CGUUGCGUUCGUGCGCAUAAGAAUGCGACAUUACAAGAAGGGACAGUUCUUGGACAGUCCAACCAAGCAGGUCAACAUGGAACCAUCUCCGGCCCGAAGGGAAACGCCCUCCCCCCAUUUGGCUGCCGACCUUCACCAAACCGUGCUACUGGGAGGGCUGACAUAGCCCAAGCCCAACAUCAAAGCACGCUGAAACUGGAAGACCCCUGCCGAUUUUUGGGCAGGGAUGUGACGUCAACUCCGCAACCAACAUCCGGCACGCGCUGGUGGAGAUGCUGCUGGGGCACAAGCGACCUGCAUCGCUGCAGACUGGCGGCGGCGGCGGUAGUGGUGGCGGCGGCAGCGGCGGCAGCGGCGGUAGUGGUGGCGGCGGCAGCGGCGGCAGCGGCGGCAGCGGCGGCAGCGGCGGCAGCGGCGGCAGCGGCGGCAGCGGCGGCAGCGGCGGCAGCGGCGGCAGCGGCGGCAGCGGCGGCAGCGGCGGCAGCGGCGGCAGCGGCGGCAGCGGCGGCAGCGGCGGCAGCGGCGGCAGCGGCGGCAGCGGCGGCAGCGGCGGCAGCGGCGGCAGCGGCGGCAGCGGCGGCGGUGGUGGCGGCGGCGGCGGCAGCAGCAGCGGCAGCGGCGGCGGCGGCGGCGGCGCGUGCGCGCAUCUUUGUAGCGGAGGGGGCGGGAAAGGCCACGUGGAGGACGAGAGCGCAGCGCCGCCCAAGAAACGGCGCAAGCGCACAGGCUGAGGAGCCGGCUGGUGUCUAGGUAGCGGUCCGCGGUGGGGCUGGCAGGGCAUGCAUAGCGGCAUGACAAGUAGUGCGGCUGUUGACAACUGUGCUGCGUCUUUUUUUUCGUCUGACUGCGGUUGGCUCUGCUGUGGCAUCGAGAUUGCUAGGCACCUGGUUUGGCUAUGUGCCUGUGGAAACCGACCCCGGCUAUGUCCGGGCGAUGAGGUUGUUCGGCCUCAGACUGUGGAGGGCCUCAGCCCCUUUUCCCGUGACCGGGGAACACUUGUCUUCUCCCGCUGUAACGCUGCCCGUCAGCGGACCAAACAGCAGCCAUCUAGGAGAUGGAGCUCCACAAGUACUUCUUGUAUCCACGACCGACGAAGUGAUGGGGCUGACGGGGGUGGCCAGGAAGCGGCCAGGAGUGCUCUGGUGGCCUUGGGUGCUGCGUGGGGUCGCGCGUCGGAAGCCUGCGCCGGUUCUGCUGGAACGUGCCGCAUCAACCUGAGAGCCAGGGCGAAGUUGAAUGGAGUAACGUAUCAUUUCCUGCCUGGGAUGCUAGGUAGCACACCUGCGCAGGGGUGCACCUGCGCGAUGAGGAUCAUGGUGGUUGACG